GUGGUUUCAUUGACUUCCGGUGAAAAAUCGUAAACAAAUCCAAGACAGUAAAUUGUGACAAAUCCACAACCAUCUGUUAAAAACCUUUGUUUUCUUAUUGACAAUUGCUACACAAACGUUUUUAUGACAAGUAUCAGCACAACUUUUGGUCAGACCCUUGAUCCGUUCAAGGAUGCAUCGGUGGAUGAAGAUGGGACAGCAGGUGUCCAGGAGGGAUUGAUCCACAUACGUAUUCAGCAGAGAAAUGGCAGAAAAACACUGACCACCGUCCAAGGAAUAUCACCUGAUUAUGACCUCAAAAAGAUUGUUAAAGCUUGUAAAAAGGAAUUUGCGUGCAAUGGAACAGUGGUUGAACAUCCAGAAUACGGGGAAGUUAUCCAGUUACAAGGAGACCAGAGAACGCAUAUAAGGGACUUUCUUAAAAUCAUAGGCAUUGCAAGAGAAGAUCAACUCAAGGUGCACGGUUUCUGAAAUGAAGAAGAUCAUCAUGGAUUUUGUCACAUGCUAUGUAAAACAUACAAAGAGGUUUUAAGCUGUAUCAUGUCAGCCAUUUUGAUGUCAUGUGAUUUCUUUGACAUGUAUUUAUUUGUACAGAAACAUUUUUAAAUCUCUCUCAUAUUAUGCCUGUCUUUUUACAAAUGUAAUAAAUCAUUUUGUUUCAUAUGACAGAAUGUUUGUAAUGUA